AUGGACAAGGAGCUUCAGAGGAAGGCCAUGCACAACCUCAGCGCAUUAAAACAAGGCAGUAGGACUAUCAAUGAACUGCUUUCAACCUUUGACUGCUACUUGAUGGAAGCCAGCCAACAGAACCAGCCUGAUAAUAUGAAGAUAUUCUGGUUGGAAAACACCCUCAAUGAUGAUAUCUUCAACUUACUUGUUAACACACCCACUUGCAAUACAUUUAGACUGUGUCCAACUCCAGAGUGUCUAUGA